AUGACCCACAUCGCUCCAACCGUGGUCAAUGUCGAGGGGCCCUCUCAGGAGACUGAAUCCGAUCAUGGAUCCCGUCUGAAAGAUGACUUGCAGUCUAUUCCGCAAGAUACAAAAUAUCUCAGUAUAGAAGGAGAUACACCGUCAGACACUGAAUGGUCCAUCCUGGGAUCUCAUUUCACGAAUGUUGAGCAUCUCCACUUGCGAGCUGGUUUCAAUGAAGACCUCAACGACAAGGGAAUCCCUCUUCACUGGCCUCUACAGAAACUUGAAUUCAGCGAUUCAGUUAGCGAGGUCUUUCAGAGUCCGUUCAUUCUUGAGGGACGCGUCCCCCAUUUGAGUCUAUUCUUUACUUCGGGACUGCGAUUCGAGGGGCUGACAAGCCACGAACUCCAAGUUGAGCACAAAGAAGCAAUCAAACGGGGAGAUAUCCAAGGGGAUUUUAUCACCGUUCACGAGGGAACUCCCGAGGAGAGAAAGAUCGAAAUCACAUACCUUCCUGAACUAGUAUCCAACCAUAUUAACAAAAUCUUUACCGAUCCGGAAAGAGGCCUGAAGGAACUACCAUCCGGCCCGUUCAACUUGCGAGUGCUGGAGAUUUGGGAAAAUGAUGCGAUUGAUACUUUCAAUCGUAUGGCGCUGUCGCUACCCCACCUCGUGGAGAAUCUGCGUACGCUGCGAAUCAGGUCUACCGCCGGUUUGGAUUUUCAUUAUACGCAUGAACAUGUGUUCCGCGAACUAUUGCCUCAACUGACAAGCCUUCGAUCACUGAAUAUCUCCGUUGGAGAGGUAUUCCAGGACCCAUCUCAUCUUCCGACAAUCUACAAAAUCUUUCCCCCUAAUUUAACGGAAUUGUACUUCCGUGGCCCUUCAUCGCUCUGUCAAUCGAUGGAGUGGUCUAAUUGGGUGCAAGCAUUUGAAUCAAAGGACUUUCUUCCGGACUUGAAAAAGCUGGCGUUUGUACUUGAUCUGCACUAUGAAGAGGAAGAAUCUGGUCGGAAGAAAGAGGGUCCGGCGCCUGCGCCUUUGCUUUAUCAAGCUCGCAUUGCUUGUCAACCCAUCUAUAACAUUGCGAGGAGACGCGGAGUAAGCGUUAUAGAAAUGCCUGCUGGGCCGGAUUUUGUGCUGCUUCGUCCUGUUGAUGAGCGCUGGUAA